CCUCUCGCUGUCGGGCGCACCCACCCCAGAUGCCGCCUGGCACCGAGCGCAGCUGCCGCCGCCGCCGCCGCCGUACUUUCCACUUGUAUUGAUCACUCCUAGCUGGGCUCAGCCUGCUCCCGGAGCGCAGCGCGGCCAGAGCGCCAGCCCUUGGCAGCUCGGGCAUAGUCGGGCUCCCAGAGGAAACUCCUUGGGAGCGCCCUGUCCGGGGUGUCCUCUGCGCUCUGCAGUGUCUUUCUGUCUGCCUGGAAGGAGGAGGAGGAGGAGGAGGAAAAGGAGGAGGAGGAGGAAGAGCAGAAGGAGGAGGAGGAGGUGGAGGAGGAGGACGUCGUCUGGUCCCGGUUGGGAGGUGGAGCAGUGGCAACAGCAGCCGCCGAGGCAGCCGCCGCCGCCUCCGGAAAGGGAGAGGCAGGAGAGAUCGGGACUUGGAAAACCCAAAGUGUCGGCGACCCUGCAAGGCAGGCUUCCUUCCAGCUUCAUGGGCAAAGUGUGGAAACAACAGAUGUACCCUCAGUACGCCACCUAUUACUACCCCCAGUAUCUGCAAGCCAAGCAGUCUCUGGUCCCAGCACACCCCAUGGCCCCGCCCAGUCCCAGCACCACCAGCAGUAAUAACAACAGUAGCAGCAGUAGCAACUCAGGAUGGGAUCAGCUGAGCAAGACCAACCUCUACAUCCGAGGCCUGCCCCCCAACACCACUGAUCAAGACCUGGUGAAACUCUGUCAACCAUAUGGGAAGAUCGUUUCCACAAAGGCGAUUUUGGAUAAGGCAACCAACAAGUGCAAAGGUUAUGGUUUUGUUGACUUUGACAGUCCUGCAGCAGCCCAGAAAGCUGUCUCCGCCCUGAAGGCAAAUGGAGUUCAGGCUCAGAUGGCAAAGCAACAGGAACAAGAUCCCACCAACCUGUACAUUUCUAACCUGCCGCUGUCCAUGGAUGAGCAAGAACUUGAAAAUAUGCUCAAACCCUUUGGACAAGUUAUUUCUACAAGGGUCCUACGUGAUUCCAGUGGUACGAGCCGUGGUGUUGGCUUUGCCAGGAUGGAAUCAACGGAAAAAUGCGAAGCUGUAAUUGGUCAUUUUAAUGGAAAAUUCAUCAAGACCCCACCAGGAGUUUCUGCUCCUACAGAACCUUUACUGUGCAAGUUUGCAGAUGGAGGACAGAAGAAGAGACAGAACCCAAACAAGUACAUCCCUAAUGGGCGGCCAUGGCCCAGAGAAGGAGAGGCUGGAAUGACACUCACUUAUGACCCGACUACAGCUGCUCUACACAACGGAUUUUAUCCUUCACCAUACAGUAUUGCCACAAACCGAAUGAUCACCCAAACUUCUCUUACACCCUAUAUUGCAUCUCCUGUAUCUGCCUACCAGGUGGCAAAGGAAACCAGAGAGAACAAGUAUCGGGGCUCUGCUAUCAAGGUGCAGAGUCCUUCUUGGAUGCAACCUCAACCGUACAUUCUGCAGCAUCCUGGUGCCGUGUUAACUCCUUCAAUGGAACACGCCAUGUCACUACAACCUGCUUCUAUGAUCAGCCCUCUGGCCCAGCAGAUGAGUCAUCUGUCACUAGGCAGCACCGGAACAUACAUGCCUGCAACGUCAGCCAUGCAAGGAGCCUACUUGCCACAGUAUACACACAUGCAGACCGCGGCAGUUCCCGUUGAGGAAGCAAGUGGCCAGCAGCAGGUGGCUGUGGAGACGUCUAAUGACCAUUCUCCAUAUACCUUUCCACCCAAUAAGUAACUGUGAGAUGUACCGAAGGGAGUUCCUACAUGAAGAAGGGUGUGAAGGCUGAACAAUCAUGGAUUUUUCUGA